AUGCAGCCGCUGCUGCUGGCCGAGCCCCCACAGCAGCCGCAGCAGCAGCAACAGCAGCAGCAACAGGGGAUGGCGCUGCCUGUGGAUUUGUCCCCCUUAGUUGCUGCCGUGCAGCGGCAGCUCCACCUAGAACCGCAGCAGCAGCAGCAGCAGCAGCAGCAAGUGAUAUCUGCUGCAGUGUAUGCGCAGCAAGGGCUGCAGCGUGAGGCCUUGAUAGCCCAACUGGAGUGUAUAGACACCCCCUUGCCUUUGGAGGAGGCCCUGAGAGGCCACAGCAGCAGCAGCAGCAACAGCAACAGCAACAGCAGCAGCAACAGCAACAAUGACCACCAGGCAGAUGCGCUGCAGCAGCAGUUUGCGAUGCUACCGCUGCAGGAUUACCAGCAGCAGCAAACAACAGCGGAGAGUUUAGGCACUCCUGCUGCUUCACCACAGCCACUGCAGCAACAGCAGCAGCUGCUGCAGCUGCAGCAACAGCUGCAACAACCAGCACCGGCGCCCCAGCAGCAGCGAGAAGCGCAUCAGCAGCAGCAGCAAGCGCACCAGCAGCAGCAGCAGCAGCAGCAUUGGCGCCUUUACAUCGACUGCGUAUCUGUGCAGCUGCGUGCUGCAGGGGUAGCAGAUGCAGCAGCAGCAGCAGCACUGCAGCAGCUGCUGCAGCAGGUGUUGAGCUGCCAGACGGCCUCUGCGAGUACACCUUGA